AUGGAGCCCGAGUCUGGAAUUUCGACGCCUUCCCGCAAUCCUCCUCCUCAGCUUUCAUGGGUGAAUCUCUCCAGAAAUCUAAUACUUGCUUAUCAAAGCCUUGGCGUGGUUUAUGGGGACCUGAGUACUUCUCCUCUCUAUGUUUAUACUAGCACAUUCAUAGGGAAGUUGCAGAACCAUAAUAAUGAGGAAGUGAUAUUUGGUGCAUUUUCCUUAAUUUUCUGGACUCUUACACUGAUACCCUUGCUGAAGUAUGUCUUCAUCCUAUUGAGUGCUGACGAUAAUGGUGAAGGUGGGACAUUUGCUCUUUACUCAUUGCUUUGCCGCCAUGCAAAGUUUAGUUUACUUCCCAACCAACAAGCAGCCGAUGAGGAGCUCACAGCUUACAAAUACGGUCCCUCAUCACAGGUUGUAGCCUCUUCCCCAUUAAAAAGAUUUUUGGAGAAGCAUAAAAGGUUACGGACAGCCCUACUAGUGGUGGUAUUAUUAGGAGCUUGCAUGGUCAUAGGAGAUGGUGUGCUCACUCCAGCAAUUUCAGUUUUAUCAUCAGUAUCAGGGUUACAAGUUACAGAGGAGAAAUUAACUGACGGUGAACUCCUCUUGCUUGCCUGUGUCAUAUUGGUUGGCCUGUUUGCUCUGCAGCAUUGUGGUACCCACAGGGUAGCAUUUUUGUUUGCACCUAUUGUAAUAAUCUGGUUGAUAUCAAUAUUUGCCAUUGGGCUGUACAACACAAUACGUUGGAACCCAGCUAUUGUUCGUGCAUUGUCGCCCCACUACAUUGUCAAGUUUUUCCGUGAAACUGGUAAAGAUGGUUGGAUUUCUCUUGGUGGGAUUCUCCUCUCAAUAACUGGUACUGAAGCCAUGUUUGCAGAUCUUGGACAUUUCACUGCCUUAUCGAUAAGACUUGCGUUUGCGUUCAUUAUAUAUCCUUGUUUGGUAGUACAAUACAUGGGUCAAGCUGCUUUCCUAUCUAAACAUCCCAACUCCAUUCAUUACAGUUUCUACGACUCAAUACCUGAUCCUGUAUUUUGGCCCGUCUUUGUUGUUGCUACCCUUGCAACAAUUGUUGGGAGCCAGGCUGUUAUAACCGCUACUUUCUCCAUCAUCAAGCAAUGUCAUGCCCUUGGUUGCUUCCCCCGAGUCAAAGUUGUCCACACCUCAAAACAUAUAUAUGGGCAGAUCUACAUCCCAGAAAUUAAUUGGAUACUUAUGAUCCUCACUCUUGCGAUAACUAUUGGAUUCCAAGACACGACUUUAAUUGGAAAUGCAUAUGGACUUGCUUGCAUGAUGGUUAUGUUUAUCACGACGUUCCUUAUGGCACUUGUAAUAGUCUUUGUUUGGCAGAAAAGUGUGGUUCUGGCUGCAGUUUUUCUGAUUUUCUUCUGGUUCAUUGAGGGAGUCUACUUAUCAGCAGCACUCAUUAAAGUGCCUCAGGGAGGAUGGGUCCCUUUUGUUCUCUCAUUCAUCUUUAUGAUCGUUAUGUAUGUCUGGCAUUAUGGUACGCGGAAGAAGUAUAACUAUGAUUUGCACAACAAAGUUUCAUUAAAAUGGUUACUUGGCCUUGGCCCCAGCCUUGGUAUAGUCCGCGUGCCUGGGAUAGGCCUCAUAUACUCAGAGUUGGCAACAGGAGUUCCUGCAAUAUUCUCUCACUUUGUAACAAAUCUUCCUGCAUUUCACAAGGUGUUGGUUUUUGUUUGUGUAAAAUCAGUUCCAGUUCCAAGUGUUUCACCUGAAGAGCGAUUUCUGAUUGGCCGGAUUUGUCCAAGGCCUUACCGUAUGUAUAGGUGCAUCGUCAGGUAUGGGUACAAGGACAUUCAACGGGAUGAUGGAGACUUUGAGAACCAGCUCAUCCAAAGCAUAGCAGAGUUCAUCCAGAUGGAAGCAGUGGAACCACAGUUCUCAAGCUCUGAGAGCGCAUCAUUUGAUGGAAGGAUGGCUGUGAUAAGCACCAGGACGGGGCAAUCGAGUUCGAGCUUAAUAGCGAAUGAGCAAGAGGUUUUUGGUGUGAGCGACUCCAUCCAAAGCAGCAAAUCUUUGACCCUCCAGAGUAUAGGAUCAGUGUAUGAUGAUGAGAACCCACAAAUCAGGAGGCGCCAAGUAAGGUUUCAGCUACCCUCAAACCCAGGUAUGGAUCCUGCAGUGAGGGAAGAGCUGAUGGAUUUAAUCCAGGCCAAGGAAGCAGGGGUGGCUUAUAUAAUGGGGCAUUCAUAUGUGAAGGCGAGGAGAUCAUCGUCAUAUCUGAAGAAGCUUGUGAUUGAUAUGGGGUAUUCAUUUCUUAGGAAGAACUGCAGGGGACCUGCUGUGGCACUUAACAUUCCUCACAUCAGUCUUAUCGAAGUUGGGAUGAUAUACUAUGUCUGA